CUGCAACCCACUCAUCCUACACUCAAGCACCAUGUGGAACGCUCCCAAGGUCGGAAUCCUCGGCGGUGGCCAAUUGGGCCGCAUGCUGGUCGAAUCCGCCAACCGUCUCAACAUCCAAUGCAACGUUCUCGAUGCCGAGAACUCCCCCGCAAAGCAGAUUAGCAACCACGACGCCCACGUUACGGGUUCCUUCAAGGAGCGUCAGGCCGUGCGCGAUCUGGCACAGUCGUGCGACGUCGUUACCGCCGAGAUCGAGCACGUCGACACUUACGCCCUCGAGGAGAUCGCUUCCCAAGUCAAGGUCGAGCCCAGCUGGCAGGCGAUCCGCACCAUUCAGAACAAGUUCAACCAGAAGGAACACCUGCGGCAAUAUGGGAUCCCCAUGGCGGACCACCGUGAGCUGGUGGACAACACCCCGGAGGCGCUGGGCAAGGUCGGCGAGGAACUGGGAUACCCGUUGAUGCUCAAGUCCAAGACCAUGGCCUAUGACGGGCGGGGCAACUUUCGCGUCAACUCCCCCGCGGACAUCCCUGAAGCCCUGGAGGCGCUGAAGGAUCGCCCACUGUACGCGGAGAAGUGGGCCUAUUUCAAGAUGGAACUCGCCGUGAUGGUCGUCAAGACGAAAGACAGCGUCCUCUCCUACCCCACCGUCGAGACCGUCCAGGAAGACUCCAUCUGCAAAUUGGUCUACGCCCCCGCGCGCAACGUCCCCGAGCACAUCAACGCGCAGGCGCAAGAGCUGGCGCGCAAAGCCGUCGCCGCCUUCGACGGCAAGGGCGUCUUCGGCGUGGAGAUGUUCCUCCUCGAAGACGACAGCCUGAUGCUGUGCGAGCUGGCCAGCCGCAUCCACAACUCCGGUCACUACACGAUCGAAGCCUGCCCGCUGUCGCAGUUCGACGCCCAUAUCCGCGCCAUCCUCGACCUGCCCAUCCCCGCGGAGAGCCUGCAGCCGCGCCAGCCGUCCAUCAUGCUGAACCUGAUCGGCGGCGCCGCCCCCGACACCCACUUGCAAGCCGCCCAGGCCGCGCUCGCCAUCCCCAACGCCGGCAUCCACCUCUACAGCAAGGGCGCCGCCAAACCCGGCCGCAAGAUGGGCCACGUCACCGUCACGGCGGCGACCAUGCGCGAAGCCGAGUCGCACAUCCAGCCGCUCAUCGACGUCGUCGACAACAUCCGCGCCCAGCGCUCCGACAUCAAGACCCCCGCCCACAAGUCGGCCGUCUCGCCGCCCGCCCCCUCCAUCGCCGUCAUUAUGGGCUCCGACAGCGACCUCAAGACCCUUGUCCCGGGCCUCAAACUCCUUCGCGAUUACUUCGGCAUCGACCCCGCCGUCGAUAUCACCUCCGCCCACCGCACCCCAACCUUCAUGGCCGAGUACUCCGCCCAAGCGGCGGCCCGCGGCAUCAAGGUCAUCAUCGCUGCCGCAGGCGGCGCUGCCCAUCUCCCCGGGAUGGCCGCCGCCCACACGGCACUUCCCGUGAUCGGAGUCCCCGUCAAGGGCAGCAGCCUGGACGGUGUGGACAGUCUGUACAGCAUCGUCCAGAUGCCUCGAGGCGUCCCCGUCGCAACAGUCGGCAUCAACAACAGCAUCAACGCCGCCCUCCUAGCCGUCCGCAUCCUGGGCGCUUUCGACCCGUCCAUCCAGCGCAAGGUGGAGGCCUACGCCGAGGCAGCCCGAUCCGAGAACAUGGAGCUGAAGGGGACCAAGAUGCAGGAGUUGGGAUGGGAGAAGUACUUUGCGCAGAUGUAGACGUCUUCCUUCUUUCUUCUUUCAUUCAUCCUUUCUUUUCAUGCGGAUUUAUAUAUGAGCGGGAUAGAGAAAAAAAGACUUUAGUGAGACAGUACUAAAUAG